AUGACGGAUACCCACCAACCUACCAUGCAAGACCAGCCCGAACUCUCUGCGCAAGAGCAGCAAGCUCACCUCAAAGACUUGGUCGCACGAGCCUCCGCAAAAGAUGCGACUAGAGACCACAAUGCAGCCUCCGAGCUGUAUUCCCAGGCCACCGAGCUGCAGGCCGAACUUAACGGCGAACUUUCUCCAGAAAAUGCCGACUUGCUCUAUGCCUAUGGAAAAUCACUUUACAACGUGGCAGUGAGCAAAAGUGAUGUGUUAGGGUCCAAGGUAGCUGGUGAACAACCCCAACCCAGCAACCCAGCUCCGAAGAAAGCUUCCUCUUCUGCUGGGUCUAACCCCAUUAGUGAACAUCUCGUCAAAGAUACGAUUGCCUCAUCGAAAGCCCCAGGCUCGCCAUCGAGCAAAGUCGCAAACAACGAGUCUGAAUCUGCAGGAUCUAAACCCCUAUUCCAGUUUACAGGAGACGAAAACUUUGUCAACUCCGACUCGGAGGAUGAGGAAGAUGGCGAUCAAGCUGACGAAGAGGACGAUGAUGAUGAUGACGACUUUGCCAACGCUUUUGAAGUUCUCGAUCUAGCACGUGUUCUUUAUCUCCAAAAGCUGAGUGCUAUCGAGAGAAGCGAUGAGAGCAAGGGCAAAUCUACCGCUAUAUCCACAGACGCCAAGAACAUUAAGGAACGACUUGCCGACACGCACGAUCUUCAGGCUGAAAUCUCGCUGGAAGCCGAGAGAUUCAGCGAUGCAGUUACCGAUCUGAGAACUGUCCUUGAAUUGAGGAAUUCGCUAUAUCCUCUUGAAGAUCCUUUAGUUGCCGAGUGCCAUUAUAAACUGUCUCUCGCCCUGGAGUUUGCAUCUGUUCAGCAAGGAGAUGAAGAAAGCGGCGAGAACGAGAAGAACAAAGUUGAUGAAGAGAUGAGAAAUGAGGCUGCUACGCAAAUGGAGCUUGCGAUCGAAAGUUGCAAGGUCAGAAUGGCCCAGGAGGAAAAGAGACUUGAAACCGAUAUGAAUAUGGAUGAAGACAAAGCGACUGCGAUAAAGAGGAAGAUCGCCAAUGUCCAAGAGAUCAUUGCUGAAAUGGAGCAACGGCUUAUUGAUCUGCGUCGGCCACCUGUGUCUGUUCAAGAAAACGACCAAUCUAACGAGGCUAUGCUGAAAGGUAUUUUGGGUCAGAUUGUCGGCCAAUCAGCAACCGAUCAGAAGGCGCAACUUGAGGCAGCAAGCCAGGGAGCAACAGACUUGUCUGCCUUGGUCAAGCGGAAGCCUGCUAAGCAGCCAACUCAAGAGCCCGGCUGUACCUCGAAGCGGUCUGCUGAAGAACCUGCUGUUGAUAAUGGCUCCAAACGGACCCGCGUCGAUGAUACCUCUUCUUGA